GUGCACUUGAUUUGGGAUGUCGGAGGUGUUUGACAGUUCUUUAAUCAACAAAAAUUUAGGCUUGUACAUUUUAUUUUUAAACCGUUUAAAAAAUUGUGGAACAUGUCGGAUUCGGAGGACGAUUAUAUGUCCUUCAAGGUUUUAGUUGAUUGCCAGGACGAUGUACGACCGAGCUUGCUGUUCAACCGGGAGAAACGCAAACACGAACUGUUUAAAAAGAAACAAGAAGCGAUAAACAAAAGGCAAAAGACGUUUCACGAACUGGAAAGGGAGAACAGAGACAGGGGCCUGAACACAGCAUUGAGCACUGAAAACAAAGGCUUCAGGAUGCUGGAAAAGAUGGGCUUCAGGGCUGGCGAAGGUCUUGGCAAAUCCAAAAGUGGCUUAAAGGAACCCAUCGACAUUGUCUUAAGGCAAGGCACCUCAGGAAUUGGACGUGAAUCCCACCUAAAGGAAGUACACAACAAGAAAGUACAAAACAAAAUUAACCGCUUAAAACACCACGAAAGUCAGUUCAGGCUGCACACCAAGGAGAGGACUGCUCUAAACUUACUCAGGAAAGAUUUCUACAAAGCCCAAAGGAUAUGUGAAGAACUGGAUUUUCGCAGUAAAGUGUCUGAUCCGGUGGAGGAAUAUUUUUGGACAAAAGACACGAUGAAGAAAAGGCGGAAGCUGGAGAAGAAGGAAGUAGACAGCGGGACGGAAAGCAGUGACGAUGAGUUUGAUGAGGAGUUCGAGCAAUACAUAACCGAAGAUAAUCUUUUAACUUUGAUAGAUUACAUUAGGGCUAAACAUUUGUACUGUUUAUACUGUGUAAUUACAGGUACAGAUGAGGAAGAUCUAAAAGAAAAUUGUCCCGGUCCUUAUCGAAGGGAUCACGAUGAUGAAUUAGAUUAGUUCUGUUAAGUCUGGAAUAUGUUAUAUUAUAUUUUUCGAGCCGUGAUGGGUAAAUAUAUGUAGAUGACAUGGACAGUAUUUUUAUUAUUGUCGGGUAGCCAUAACACUAUGUCAGUCGCAUGUAUGUUUGCUUAGGGUGGCUCAAUUAUUAUUUAGUUCAGUUUUAGUGUUGGUCAUGAAUGUGGUCAUGUGUGUACUGCAGAUUGUUUGUGUUUGGUGCUCACACAAUGACAAAUUAAUUUGUUGAUUAGUGUGUGGACCUUAGGUAUUGUUACAAAAUAUUUAUUUUGUGAAGUUUUGCAAUAAAAGAUUAAUUUUA